AUGCAAGGUGUAAAGCUUGGUUAUACAAUCCUCAUUGAAGGAAGAGCAAAACAAUUGUUUCCAGAUCCUCGUGGAUGGAAGAGAAAAUAUUCAUUCGGUGUCGUUGACCAAGCCACUGGGGGAACUUGCAGUCCAGUUGUCUUAAGAAAAUCAGAAAACAAACCCCACUUUAGAGUCCUUAAGCUCGCUUUUGCUGCUGAUAACAGUACCUCAUCUCUUGCUACUAUUUCAGCUUCACUGAUGGCCAAGGAAAAAGGCAAGAAGCUCGGAAAGAAAGGGCGAAAUAUGAACCAACCAAAUGGUAAAAUUAAAAAGAAAAAUAAGGUUCUCAAGGUUGAACCCAAAAAUGCAGUUGUUCCUGCUCCUCUCAUUGACCCUGCACAAGCAAGUACUUCUGCUCUGCCUAGUGAAGAAAAUAGAGCUGCCUCGCAGAACAGAGACCCGGACAAGGAAACAAAGAAUCACCUUUCUGGAUUUAUCUUCAUGUGUAAUCAAUCUACCAAAUCAGAAUGUUACCAGUACCGUGUUUUCGGGCUUCCGGCGGGAAAGAAGGAAGUGGUAGAGUCCAUAACGCCCGGCACUAAGCUCUUUCUGUUUGAUUUUGUGUUGAAGCGUCUAUAUGGUGUGUAUGAGGCAACCUCUGCUGGAACAAUGAACUUGGAACCUGAUGCAUUUAGAGGAAAAUUUCCUGCACAGGUAAAGUUCAAAAUUUUCAAGGAGUGUCUUCCCUUGCAUGAAAGUUCUUUUAGACGAGUUCUAAAGGAGAAUUACGAGGGCCAGAAGUUCAAGCAAGAACUGAGUGGAAAGCAAGUGAGAAACUUGUUAUCAUCCUUUCGUCCUCUUGGUACUUCAUCUCAACGUCUGCCCCGAACUCUGCCCAAUGUGUCAUUAUCAAGGGCAAGACCUCCCUCAACAAUGGAGGAACGACAACUAGAUGGGGUGCAACAUUAUAAUGGUCCAUCAGUAAUGGAGCACCAACCUGUUCAGUUAGUGCAUAUUCCGCAGCAUGGAUAUCAUGGAAUACCAGCAUAUAUGGGACAUGCUCAUCCAGCUACAGAGCAUCGAAGAAUGCCUAUUAAUAAUUUGUAUUAUGUUGCCGAAUCUCGACAACCACACUUCAGUGAAGGACAUGCAUAUGCCGUGCAGGAACCCCAUUCCAGAUAUGGGACAGUGCAAGAGAGGGGUGUACAUGAUCAACUCCCUGGCUUGAGAAGUGAAUAUCGUAGAUUACCUGUACAGAGAGAAGUCCUGCCUCAAGAUGAAGCGGUUGCAUAUGGCUCCUUCAGCUCAUAUGCCUCGUCUGCUGUGCAACCACAAUCCAAUGCAGCUGGAUACAGCUCCUACCCAGCACCUAUAGUCCCAUAUGCUGCAUCAGCUGUGCAACCACAAGCCCCAGAAUCCGUAAGAUUACCUGUACAGAGAGAAGUCCUGCAUCAAGCUGAAGUGGUUGCAUAUGGCUCCUAUGGCUCAUAUGCUUCGUCUGCUGUGCAACCACAACCCUAUGCAGCCGGAUACAGCUCCUACCCAGCACCUACAGUCCCAUAUGCUGCAUCAGUUGUACAACUGCAAGCCCCAGAAUCUCUGACUGCCUUGAGGUCGGUACAGACUAGAGAAUUGUUUUGGCUUGCUCUGGGAGUUCGCUCCUCAUGGUGCCAAAGAGCUACACUACUAGAAAUGAUUUGGGAGAAUUCAAUACCUGUCCAGGCAUAUGAAUCAAUUUUCCCAUCAAAUCAAAGGCUUCACAUGCUAAGACAAAAAGCUGCUUUGGUUGUGCAAAUUUGA